AUAAAAUGGCGCUGCCCACGACCAUAGCAGACUGGACGAAGCAACGCGUUCUCUUCAGGUUUCUGACUUCAAGCAAAGCUGUAAAAUUGUCGAGGACAUUUUCGAUCACGUCUGAAAGUAUACCUCGGUCUUCUAAAGCUUUAGUUUAUUCAGAAUAUGGCGACCCAAGUAAGGUUAUCAGUCUACAAGAUUAUCCUCUACCAGAAUUCAACAGAGAAAGUGUUUUUCUAAAAAUGUUGGCUUCACCCAUCAAUCCAGCUGAUCUGAAUGUGCUUCAAGGAUUGUAUCCCAUCAAACCUUCCCUCCCUGCAGUUGGUGGUAACGAGGGUCUUGGGGAAGUGUUGGUAGUUGGUGAUGAUGUGAAGUCUGUCCGUGUUGGAGACUGGGUAUUAAUGGGAAAUGCCGGACUUGGUAGUUGGAUGGAGAUGAAGAUAUUGAAAGAGGAUGAUUGUGUCAAAAUUCCAGUAAAAAAUGGUCUUUCUAUGAAAGAUGCAGCCAUGUUGUCUAUAAAUCCCUGUACAGCUUACAGAAUGUUGAAAGACUUUCAACCACUGCAAGAAGGUGAUGUUGUGCUUCAAAACGGAGCCAAUAGCGGCGUUGGUCUGUCUGUGAUACAGUUGGCUGCAGCUUGGGGGCUGGUUUCGUUGAAUGUUGUCAGAGAUCGUGAGAACAUUGAUGAACUAAAGGAAACUCUGAUGAACCUUGGAGCAAACUACGUAUUUACUGAAGAAGAAUUUCAAAAUGUUGAUAAAAUAAAGGAUGUUUUAAAGAAACAUAAACCAUCCAGACUUGCGUUGAAUUGUGUUGGUGGUAAAAGUUCCUUGCAGUUGCUUCGAUAUUUAAGCGAAUCUGGUUCCAUGGUCACGUACGGUGGAAUGUCAAAAAAACCAGUAUCUGUUCCAACGAGUGCCUUCAUUUUCAAAGACAUUCAACUUCACGGAUUCUGGAUGACACGAUGGAACCGUCAAAACUUAGACAACCCAGGACGAAUGGCUAUGUUAAAAGAGUUAUGUGAAAUGUCGAUACGCGGUGGAAUGCGCUCUCCUGAGUGUAAAAUAUUUAAAUUUGUUGAUUAUAAAAACGCGUUGAACAAUUCUCUUUCGUCGUUCACAAAGAAAUCGUUGUUCGUAGUUGACAGCUGAAACAGACGAGUUUCAACGACAACAAGACAACAAAGUAAUCGUGAAGAUUUUACAUAUUGAAGUACAAAUCGUCUUUCCUCAAUUCCUGGAUAUAAAUUAUCCCUCAAGAAACUCCAAAGUCCUUCAUCGUUCUUAACAUGAAGUAUUCCACUGGAAUGCUACGUGCAGAAAUAUUGAUUUCAUGCAUUAUCGCAAAGUGUAUUUCCACACUGUCAUUAUUGUGCCUGAAACAAGAUUAUUUUGCUUAUGACUUAUUUCUAACAGACGGCCGCUGUUAGAAAUAAUGACAAUCAAAAGAACAUGUUCUUUUUUGACAAACAAGAUAUUCUGUAUAGUUGUAUGUUUACGGACUACCAUAGCGUUUAGGAAUGUUAUAGUAGUUUUUAUAAUCCAAUCGUCCAGUUAAGAUGCAGAAUCCUGUAUGGACAUGCGUGCUAAUUUCUCCGCUAGAUUUGAUCAGAUGAGCUUAUCCUCUCCCUCCGGCUUUAUAUAGUUGUAAAGUUCAGAACAGGGGGGGUGUUUAAGUUCAUCCGACCGAAUCUCGUUAAAUAAUUUGCACGUAUCGGCUGGAACUAUUUGUGAACGUUCAAUUAUUUGAAUCUUACAUGUAACAUUGAAGUAAAAUCUACAAUGCGUACAACACUUAAUUAAUAUUUGAAUCGAAGGAUAUUGCAACACGCCGGCAGAAUGUUGCAAUAACUUCAAUUCGAUUCUUAAUUAUUUCCUACCAUCUGCUCAACAGUUUCCCAACGUUAGAAACGAUGGGAAUGUUUUGUUUAAUAAAAAUCUCCUGUUAAAUAUUA